CCUCGCCCCCCCGCCCCGGGCCGGGCCUCCCCCGGCCGAGCCGCCGGAGCGCGGCGGGCUUUGCGACCCAGCGGCGCGGCUGCAAUCCCGGCGCGGCGCCCCCCCCCCCCGCCGCCCGGCACCGCCGGCAGCCCCGCGCCGGGCCGGGCCGGAGCCGGAGCCGGAGCCGGAGCCGCGGCCGGGGCUCUGCAGCGGGGCCGCCCGCCCCGCCGCGGCCGGGCUCUCCGCAUGGCACCGCCGGGCACGGCCGUCCGCGGCCGCCAGUGAAGAGCCAGCCCGAAGGGGAGAUGCGUCCCGAAUGGGGCUGACCCCCCCGCCGCGGGAAUAUGCAGCCUCGGCGCCGCGGGGGCAGCAGCAGGGCAGCGGGCGGCGGGCGCGAGCAGCUGGCCACCCCGCGCGGCGCCGGCCGGCAUGGUGACAACGUUCAAGAUUGCCGUGCUGGGAGCCCAAGGGGUGGGGAAGAGCGCCAUCGUCCGCCAGUUCCUCUACAACGAGUUCAGCGAGGUCUGCGUGCCCACCACGGCCCGCCGCGUCUACCUGCCCGCCGUGGUCAUGAACGGCCACGUCCACGACCUGCAGAUCAUGGACUUCCCGCCCAUCACGGCGUUCCCGGUGAACACCCUGCAGGAGUGGGCGGACGUGUGUUGCAGGGGGCUCCGGAGCGUCCACGCCUACAUCCUGGUCUAUGACAUCUGCUGCUUCGACAGCUUCGAGUACAUCAAAACGAUCCGACAGCAGAUCCUGGAAACGAGGGUCAUUGGCACUUCCGAGACCCCCAUCAUCAUCGUGGGCAACAAGCGGGACCUGCAGAGGGGCCGGGUGAUCCCCCGCUGGAACGUCUCCAACCUGGUGAAGAAGACGUGGAAGUGCGGCUACAUCGAGUGCUCGGCCAAGUACAACUGGCACAUCCUGCUGCUCUUCAGCGAGCUCCUGAAGAGCGUGGGCUGCGCCCGCUGCAAGCACGUCCACACCACCAUCCGCUUCCAAGGGGCCUUGCGCAGGAACCGAUGCACCAUCAUGUGAGACCUCCCGGGCCCCCCGGCUUCGCUGCCCGUCCCGCGCCGGCCUCCGCGGAGCCGAGGGGCAGCGGGAGCCGAGGACGGGCCACCGCUGGGAUGAAACGCUGGGACGGGACACCUGGUACCGCAGGGGGGACGGCGAUGCCGUAGGUAGCGAGGGGUGAGGAUGGACCUCGGCUAAAUCUGCGGACCCCAGGGCCUCCGCCUGCCUCCCGGUGCUCGGGGCCAGCACUGUGCAGAUGCGGGUUGUACCUUUGCCAUGCCUGAAGCGCUGCUUGGCACCGCUGGGACGGAGGAGACCUCUCAGGUGGUGCCCACAGGGCGGCCUUGGGCUGCCCCGGCUGGUCCUCGGGAAAUGCUCGUGGAGAGGGACAGCCCCGAAGUUGUCCUGUAGACCUCGAAGUCCUACACCGAUGUUCACCACCGUGUCUGCUCCUGGCCAGCCCGAGCUGGUCACCUCCGGCGGCUCCCUGCUGCUCUCGGCCGGUCCCGGGCACCUGGCCACGGCGGCGCGGCUGCUCGAGAAAAUGCCGGUUUUCCCCCCUCCAGCUCCUCUCCUCCGGCCUGGGCUCCUCCAGCUCAUGCUUCGUCCUUCUGCCCCUCGCGCCCCGGCGUGGCCACUCCACCGCCCGUCCCGCCGCCGCCGGGCAGCCCGCCACGUGGUCCCCCCGCUCCCCGCUGCACCCAGCGCAGGGCCCCGCUGCCAAGCGCCCCGGCCGCCGCGUUGCCUUUAGCUCCCGCUGCAAAAAGCAUCCCAUGGCCGGGUGCGAGCGGGGAGCCGGCGGCCCCCGUGGCCUCUGCCAGGGCCGGCGUUUCUGCCCGCGGAGGCCCCAGCGGCCGGUGCGAACGGGCUCCUUUCUGUCUGCCGGGUUUGAUUCCACCAGGAUUGCUCGACGAAACCAAGCCAGGAAUGACAAAAGAGCGGGAGAUGCCCCCCCGUCCUGACCCUCACCCCCCCACCCCCCGGGAAAUGCUCCCGCUUUCCCAGCCCUGCUCCUGCCUGGAGCCGUGCAAAUCGCCCCGGCUUCCCCGAGCUCGGCCCUCUUCCAAAAUCUCCCUGAGUGAUCCGCAUCCGAGCCGCCCCGCCGGCGUGCUGCCGAGCGCCCCAUCCCGGGGGGGCCGUGGCCCCCGCUUCUGCUCCGGGCUCCCCGGGGAAGCCCCCGCCAGGCCGCUCUCACCCCUGCGGCGCUGCAGCGGGUUUCCCGGGAAAAGUCCCCGUUUUCUACCUCUUGUCGCGGGUCGAGCGCGCCGCCCGGGCUGGCAGAGGCGAGAGCCCGGCAGCCCCCGGCGCCCCGGCUCCGUUGCGGUUCCGAGGGGUCCCGGCGGGAGAGGGGCCACCGGGGUGGAAGGGAGCAAAGUGGCCGCAACGCCCUGUCCCCGUCCCCGUGUCCCUGCCUUGCCGAGGCGCCCCGGGGCUCCCAAGCGCGUGCACCCGUCCACCCAGCGCGGCACCGGGCUCCGGCAUCACCCGGCGGAUCUGGGGGCCUGGGCCACCCCCCGGCACCACCGCGGGACGCGGGGACGGCGCUGCCCGAAGGCACCCGCUGGGGACGCGGGGAGUCAGAGCGGCGUUCCCGCCCGUCGGUUUUAAAUCCUGAUGGGAAAGUGAGCCUUUUUUUCCUUUUUCCCCCCAAUCUGUUUGUUUUUGCACCAGCCAGCCAGCUCAUCCGCCACUUUUUCCGUAGGGCAAAGUACGGGCUGCGGGAGAGGCCGGGGGGGCCGUAGCCCCGGCUUCGGCGACGCGGCCCCCUUCAUUUCCCCGCCGCAGCGAGAGGCAGUAAAAAGCCGCGGGGAAAGCCGCCCUCGGUGGCGGGUCUGCAUUCGAGGCCGGGGGUCCCGCAGCGAAGCCGGCACGGCGGAUCCCGCUCCAAAGCCAAGGGGUGUGAGUGCUCGAGCCCCCUCACUAGCGCGGAGCAGGCCAAAAUCCCGGGAUUUCAGCCCCGUCGACAGGUUCCCACUUAACUCCUGGUAACACUUUCUAUUAAGAGUAGUUAAAAGCGCACGUUGCGUUUUCCCGGCCCAGACGGCCGCCGAGGGCGCGCGCCCGGCUGCAGCCCGUCCCGGCGUCACCUCGUCGGGAUUUAGCAACACGCCUAAGUCCACGUUAUUGCUCGCGUUGCCCCCGCGUCGUUUGGUGAGGAAACCCCCCCGGUAAGUGCGAGGAACGGAGCGUUUCCGAAGCGCGCCGGCGUACACAUAUCAGCGACUAAGCCAAUACAGUGUUUGUUACCACCCGGUAGCCUGCAGUUUAUAGCACAAUUAGUUACAGGUUUUUAUAGCAUCUAUUUAGUAUUUUGAAAGAAAAAAAAAAAGGUUAUAAAUACAAUUGUUAUAUUCUACUGCACUUUAUAGACAGAGACCGUUAUAUCAGUAAUAAGAGCACUGGCCGCUUAGACAGCGUUUCGCAGCUCCCACGGACCCCGGGGCUGCAGACGCGGUCCCGGGCGGGCGCAGCGCCGGUGGGGAUCUCCCGGCAGGGAAAGCGGGGCCGGAGGGGCAGCGCGGCCGCGGCUGCGCAUGGGAAGGGCUGGAGCCAAGUGAUAUCGGGCCCUUCGGCGGCGUCCCGGCAUCGGCGGCCGCGAGCGAGCGGCCUUGCCCCCCUCCCCAGCGAUGUACCCUUAGUAUAAAGUGUUACCGCUGCCUAAACACGGCCGUCGCCCCGCUACCCGUUUCCUUGCUCAACUCUACUUCCACAGCCCAAAAACCAAAAGAAAACUCUCUUCCCGAGCGCCGGUGAGGGCUCGUUUUCGCCCCGCGCAGCUGGGGGGGCUCUCCCGCGCCCGGCUCGCCUUUCCCCUGGGAUUUCCCGUCGGAGGCUCCCGAGGUGUCUGCGCCGCCUGUGACACACCGCACCUGGUAUCUGAAACCGGAUUAAAGUCAGGUCUGUCCCCCCUU